AUGGCAGAGCUGAAGCACAGCACUGAGGGAGAUAUGGUGGAGGAUAAAUCAAUUCCUCCGAUCGGAGAGGUAGAGGUCGACCUGGAACAGGAGAAAAAACUCAUUCGCAGACAAGAUCUCCGAAUCUUGCCAUUGUGUGCCGGAAUAUAUCUUCUUUGCUACCUUGAUCGAUCAAACAUUGGAAAUGCAAAGACACUCAAUUCUGGAACAGGAAAUGAUCUGCUCGAUGAAACAAAUAUGACAGAGCACCAAUAUAUUAUAGCAUUGAUGGUAUUUCUGAUUGCCUACGCCCUGUUUGAAGUUCCAUCCAAUUAUCUGCUCAAGAAAUUGAGGCCAAGCCGUUGGAUUGCGUUUCUCAUGUUCUCAUGGGGAGCGGUCACAAUGGGACUUGGUGGUGCACAGAACUACUCUCAAGUGGCAGGUGUCCGUUUUCUCCUUGGGGUGCUUGAGGCGGGAUUGUUCCCUGGGUUGGUCUUCUAUCUCACCUUUUGGUACAGAGUAUCGGAAAGGUCUUUGAGAGUCGCUAUCAUUUUGGCGUCCGCUACAUUGGCCGGUGCUUUUGGAGGCGCCAUUGCUUAUGGAGUCGGUCAUAUGAAUGGUAUACAUGGACUGGCAGCUUGGCGGUGGCUGUUUAUCAUUGAAGGUGCUCCUUCGUGCGCAUCUGCUGUCCUUGUUUGGUUCUUCCUUCCAGACUAUCCAGAGACAUGUCGAUUCCUAACCCCCGAGGAAAAGGCAUUAGCGAGACAGCGACUAUCCGUGGAAGGAGGCCAGGGCGCAGCAAAGGCCAUGUCAUGGAGUGAAGCGAAGGAAGUAUUGAAGGAAUGGCGACUCUAUGCGCACUAUCUGGUCUACUUCGGAAUUUCGGUGCCUUUUUCGAGCUUGUCGCUUUUCACGCCCACUAUCACAGCCGGCCUUGGCUACGAAAAUUUACAAGCCCAGUUGAUGACAGUACCUCCAUAUGCUGUUGCAUAUGUGGUGACACUUGCAGUCUCCUGGUCGGCGGAUCACUUCAAUGCCCGCGGCUUGCACUCCGCAGUGUUUGCAUUCAUCGGUGCUUUGGGCUUCAUAGUAUCUGCCGUCCUUCCCCCAGAUGCUUAUUCGCACCGUUAUGGAUGUCUGAUCGUUGCCACAUCGGGCGCAUUCUCUUGCAUCCCCCCUCUCCUAGGCUGGCUGUCCUCUAACCUUCGCUCAACUGCUGGGAUCGGACUAGCUAUUGCCAUGAAUAUCUCCUUUGGAGCGCCGGGCCAAAUAGUGGGAGUUUGGAUUUACAAAUCAGAUCAAGCCAAGCGUGGAUUUCCAACGGGACACUGGACAAACGCAGCCCUGUUACUCCUUGUAUCCUCGGUCUGCAUCGCAUUGAGGUUAUAUUAUGGCUGGUUGAAUCGAAGGUCUGCCAACAGUCAGAUCAAAUAUAGCUACUAG